AUGGAUUGGAAGGUGGUGCAGGUGUCGUGGGUGCUGCCUCCUCUUCGCGGCAAGGGAUACUCGCAGCAGCACACGUCGGUACUGAGUCAUCUGAUCGGACACGAAGGACAGGGCUCGCUGCUCUCGUACCUCAAGAAGAAAAAGUGGGCUAACAGCGUGUACGCAGGAAUUGUGGAGGACUACGACGAGUUCUCGCUCUUCGUCGUGAGCUUCGACGUGACGGAAGACGGCAUCGAGCGAGCCGAUGACGUUCUGAAGGCCAUGUUCCAGUACAUUCAUCUGAUGCUGGCGUCGCCGUGGGAAAAGUGGAUGUUUGACGAGCUCGAGAUCAUGUCGAAGACGCACUACAUGUUCCAGAGCAAGAACCCUCCAGCCGACUUCACGAGCGUUGUGGCCGCAAACAUGCACACUUUUCCGAAGCGCGACAUUGUGUCCGAGGGAGUGCUGUACUUCCCCUACGAAUGGGAGCAGACCCUUGAGCUGCUCAGGCUGAUGACACCUGAGCAGAUGCGAGUACUCAUCGCGUGUCAGACACUUGAAGACCGUGCUACUUGUGAGGAGAAAUGGUAUGGUACCAAGUUCCGCGAGGUUCCGCUCCCCGUAACGUUUUUGGAAGAGAUGGCGAAUCCGGGAACGAACAUUGCAUUGUGCCUACCGCAUCCGAAUGCGUUCGUGGUGACCGACCUUAGUCUGGUGGACGGCAGAACCGUGGACACACGCAAUCAGCACCCACAGAUCAUCCGCGACGACGACUUUUGCCGUGUGUGGUACAAACCAGACGUCAAGUUUAAAAAGCCCCGCACGUUCGCUGUCGCUACUUUCCACUCACCCGAAGUGAAUCCGACUCCGUACAGCUAUGCUCUCUCGGCACUGUUUGUGGCGUGCCUGAAGGACGAGCUGAACGAAUACUCGUACGAUGCGCUAUUGGCAGGUAUGAACUACAAGUUGCGGCUUAACGGAAGCAACAUCUACUUGAGUACUGGGGGCUACAGUUCAAAGUUGCCCAUUCUCGUUCAGCGGAUCCUAGAAGUCAUGGGCAGUUUCGAGAACCACAUCGGCGAUGAAGCUUUCGAACGCGUGAAGCACGCCAAGUGCCGCUCAUUCGAAAACAUGCGUCUGGAAGAAGCCCACCGACAUGCAGUUCAGCAAGAAUCAAACCUGCUACACGAGCGGAGCUGGAGCGUUGACGACAUCGUUAACGCCAUCCGAAACUGCUCAUUCCGUGACGUGAUCGCGCACUCAAAGCGUCUAUUUCGACAGGUCUACUGUGACAUCCUUCUGUACGGCAAUUUGAGCAGAUCUGAGGCGACAGACCUAGCCGGCAUCAUAGUGGAUCAAGUUCGGGCCCCGCGAGCGCUGACUAUGCCAUCGUCGAAAAAGUACUGGAUGGGCCGACAGGUGAAGCUUUCCUGUGGUGUGCACUACAUUUAUAAGUGUGUGCAUCCCAACCCAGAGAAUGCAAACUGUGCUGUGAACUGCAUCUACCAGAUCGGCUUGGAGAAUUACAUGGAUCGCGCGAAGCUGGCUUUGUUCUCGCAAAUUGUCGACGAGCCGCUCUUUGACCAGUUGCGCACGAAGGAGCAGCUUGGGUACACCGUGUACUCGACACCGUCGCGCGGGAAUGGCGUGCAGUCGUUCAAGAUUGUCGUGCAGUCCAACGUCGCCCCACCAGCAUUCAUCGAGCAGCGGAUUGAAACGUUUUGGCUUGAACUCCGCAACACGAUUGCUGGUAUGAGUGGUGACCAACUCCAGGAGCACAUUCAGUCUGUCGUGAAGGGUUACGUUGAAAAACCCAAGAACCAGGAGGAAGAGGUGCAAGCUUUACUGGUAGAAAUUGCCAACCAUCAGUUUGAGUUUGGGCGCAAGAUGAAGUUGGCGAAGCUGGUUCGUACGCUGCAACUUUCCGACGUGCUGCAGUUCUUCGACGACUACAUCCGUCCUGGAGGUGCAAUGCGAAAGAAAUUGAGCGUACAUAUCUACGGAAACGAGACGCGUCUGGAGAAGGUCACAGAUUGCUCUGCGACUGGCUGGUCCGCCUUCGACAGCGGAAGUCAGACUGGUCUCAUGGCGGCUAUGGCGUUGGGUGCGUCCAGCGAACCAGCGUCUGACGUGAAGAUUGAGUAUGUCAAAGACUCGGAAGACUUUAAGCGGCGGACAUCGAUGUACGAGUUGCCGACUGCCUAUAUGUAG